ACCCUAAAAUCUGAAGAAAUGACACAGAAAGCUAAUCUCUUCAAAGGGCAGAAGAAGAAGAAGUCCAUCCCUCCCAACCGCCAUGGCAAACCCCCUCAAACUCGCAAAGGCAAGAAAGUCAUGAAGCAAUCAAAAAUCACUGAGGACAUGGAUGCUGAUCGUGAGCUGACCAAGUUUAUAAACUACUGUAAUGAAGUGAAAGCUGCAACUGCUGCAAACAAAGAAGGUGGGCAGCUUGGCAUUGUAAAACCACAGCCAGAGUCCACAAGUGGUGUGAAGAAAUAGUAAAUGCUUAGAUUGCGGAAGGGGAUUAUAACAGGUGAGCUAUUAUUGUCCAUAUAAAGUUUUAAAUUAG